GUGUUCAUCGCCUGACAAAAACUAUUGGUCAAUACGUUAACAAUGUUACAAAGUGAAAACGUCAACUUCAGGAAGAAAAAGUUUGCUUGCCCUUUAGAAUGCUGCUUAUAAAUUCAUCGAGACAAGAAGCUAAUAUUUCAGAUUAUAUUUUCAUAUACUAAAUGGGUCGACAUAGAAUAAGGAGAUAACUCACUGACACGUCUUACCAAUGGUUCUACAUCUCAGCUGUUCGACUAUGGAUUGUCGUGGUUGUCACAAAUGGCGACAAAGGUCAAGAAAUCCAUGGAACUUUCUUGUCAUAAUAUCGGUUAUCUUACAAGUGCUAUCGGAGUCUUUGUCCAUGAAGAUGAUAAUGAUGGACAUUCCGUCGCCUACCAGAGUAGGCCAGGCUGUAGAGCUGGUGUGUAACUACGACUUGGAGGGAGAAACUCUAUACUCGGUGAAGUGGUACAAGGAUGGAAUAGAGUUUUACCGGUUUGUCCCUAACGACUGGCCUCCUGGACAAUUCCUUACACUUCCAGGAAUUAGAGUAGAUCUGUCUAGGUCCAACAGACAGUCAGUGUAUCUUCGAGAGGUUGAUCUGGAUACAGCUGGAGUAUACCGUUGUGAAGUUUCUGCAGAAGCCCCUAUUUUUGAUACAGUGUCCGCCAAGAAGGAGAUGAAGGUAUUUGCUCUACCUGCGGAAGCUCCCAAGAUAACAGGAAAAAAUGGAAAGUACAGGAUUGGAGAUACUGUCUCAGUGAAUUGUAGUUCAGCCAAAUCGAAACCUGCGGCAACUUUGCGGUGGUAUAUCAAUGACGUGCCGGUUGGUCCCGAAUAUGAAACUUCGCAUUCCACUAUACUCCACGCUGAUGGUUUGGAGAGCUCCAGCUUAAGCCUUCGGUUUGUGGUUAAGGACCAUCAUUUCAUCAAUAGCAACAUGAGAAUUCGCUGUUCGGCCACUAUUCCCAGGGUUUACACGAUGAGUGACGAGGAACUUGUGGUUGGCGGCCGAUUACAGCAAGCCUCGGGACUUCUUCAUAUUAGUGAAAACGUUAGUAAAGUUCGAGACUCUGCUCCUCACUCCAUGGUUCCAGUGUAUUCUAUAGACCGUGUUCUACCCCUUGCGUCAGUUGCCUACAGUUUUUGGAUCCUAAAAUUGUAAACACACACAUUUCAAGGUCUAAACAUCUCCAACCAAGACCUAGGAGACACCAAGACAGUAAUACUCCUUUGGUGAAAUUAAUGGACAAAAUCUUUCAUGUAAGAGGCAACUUUGAUAAAAAAGAACAAUGUACCUGUUAUAGGCCAACCAAAAUUACCUACCAUUUUACCCAACCUCCCUUCCUACCAGAAGUGAAGCAGAUCCCAUCAAUCACGUGCUUGCGUGUUUCUGUGGUAGUCGGUUAAGAAUAGUGCAUAAAUUGAACAGGACUGCCUAUGUUGUCUUUUCCUUGCUUCUCACCCUUCCAUGCCCCAGGUAAUUACAUGGCUGUAGAAAGAGGUAUAUAUAUAUAUAUAUAUAUAGAACUGAAAGCCUCUCUUUUCGAUCAAAAGAAGAAUUUCUAUGCGUCUUUAACAUGUCCCCAGUCUGACAACGCUAUGAUAAAUCAACGUUGAAUAAUCGUGACGAGCACCACCGACCUCGUGAAUUCCGAUGUUGGAUUUGCUCUAAGUGUUUGUAACGACACAUCGUGAUGUAUUUCGACAUUUUCUUUUACAUAUUUUUUUUUUUGCCUUUAACCCAUUCUCUUUUAGUUCGAAUAGAUUCUUAUAUCAGAUCUACAAAUGGAUGCUUGUCGAAAAUAAACAGAAUUAACACAAUUCAUAAAGUAUGCACAUAGUAUCGUGCAAUUUGCCCUCAUAAGUUUCAGAACACUUGUGAACUUUACACAAAAUCACAGUAAAUAUAAAUUUCACGCACAAACUGAUACAUAUAUAGACGUUACAUAUAUAUACAGCAAAAAAUAAUUUCAACUCAUCAGAUUUAAGACUAUUCAAGUUUUAUCCAUUUUGACUUAGUUUGCGUUUGGUAAUACAGUACGAUAAAUCAUAUACCAUUCGAUACUUCAAUAUUUGAAGCUUAUGGAUUUUCGACCAGUAUCUUGACAACACCUAUAGAAAUACCGUUGCAGGAUGGUAGUGAUAACGUUUGUAUCAUAAAUUAUUAAAAUAUGCAUCGUGUACACUUGAAGUAAAAUGCAGUUAAAACAAAUUGCAUGUCCCAGGGUUUAAAAUGAUGUUUAAAACUCUACAUACUCGAAGGAUAAUUUAGAAGAAAUGUUAGAUUAAGACACUCCGGUUUAAAAUGAUGUUUAAAACUCUACAUACUCGAAGGAUAAUUUAAAAGAAAUGUUAGAUUAAGACACUCCGGUUUAAAAUGAUGUUUAAAACUCUACAUACUCGAAGGAUAAUUUAGAAGAAAUGUUAGAUUAAGACACUCCUGCCUAGUUUCUUGUAGAUACAAGCAUGGCAAGUUUUUUUCUGUGUUAUAAAAAUAAUAAGUUUUAAACAUUGAAGAAUUUCUUUUACCCUCAAAAUCUGUAAAUUUUCUCUUCUUCACUGUAAAUUUUUAUAAAUUAACCAGUAUUCUUGUAAACAGGUUUAAACAAUUGUGAAUUUCACUAAAUCUCCAUAUUAUGUACAAAUAAUAAUAAUAACUUUCGUAAAUUAUCUAUUUUUCGUAAUUGAAACUGGAAACUUAUCAAAAAUCUCUACUCCAAACAGUUCUUUCAAGAAAUUGUUGGCGAUAUUUUACUGUACACCCACUUGUCACUUAAAGCUUUCAUCAGGGUACAAACCCUAACUUGAAGGCCUAUCAGAAAACCUCUAGUUUACUCACUCUGAUCAGUAGAAUAUGAGGCACUUAACUGAUAAAUUCUUAUGAUGGAUGUGAGGUAAAUUUGGUUUGUGAAUAUUUGAGUCAUGAUGUACUUUGUGUAAAGUAUUAAUAGAUACAGUGUGUAAAAUAUUAAUAGAUGUACCACAAACAAUCAAGUUGAUAAUUUUUUCCUUUGACCCGAGCAACUACAUAAAGGAUUAUAUAUGUAUUGGAUUUGGGUCUAGGGAUCUUACUUGUCUAGGUUUCUGAACUCUAUUGACAUAUCCCUACAGUGUAAAUAUUACGACGACUCUAUUUGGAACAUAGUAAUAUUUUGUGAGUCAAUAUCAAUAUUAGUUUAACUUAUUGGGAAACCAAUAUAUACACACACAAAAAAAUUAAACAUAUAUAUAAUAUAUAGAUACAAGGUUUUAGGAUAGUGUAAAAAUCUGAAGUUUGACUUUUAUAUUUUAUGUGUUUUAAAGCUUACUUCUAUAUGAAAAUCUAAACUCAUUUGACAGGUUUUUAAUCCUUUAUUUCAGGUAUUUCUAUAGCAAUAUUUUACAUAAUUUUUAUUCAAAAAUACCGAGAUCAGUAAGCCAAUUUCUUCGAGAUCGUCGAAAGAACCCUAGAUAAUAAACAAUAGUUCAAAUGGAAUACGUAAAUGAAUAUGAAUUAUUAAAAACUUAGGUAUAUGUUCUUAGCCUAAAUGAUUAUGUUCAAUGAAAUCUUAACUGAUUUUGUUCAAUUAAAGAACUCGCUGUGACGAAGAAAUUGUGCAAAAUCUUCAGUACAUGUUUAUUUAUUUCAAUGAAGACAGCGAUGUCUCAGAAAUUCUUAUAUUUCAUAAUCGUUUUCUUUUUCUUGUGAUCAUUUUAUCGCUUUUUUGUUUUUCUUUGCUUAGUUUAGGCUACUCCCUUUGAUAUACUUUACUUUUGUAGAAUAAUCUCGAGCUGAAGAAAUGUUCAACAGAAUUCUGUGAUACCUAAUAUAGAUGGCUAUUGUGAAUAAUAAAAAGUAUGGCUCCUCAAAUUAGGACCCCCAGUGACACAACGGUAUGUCUGCGGA